CGUGACAUUACAUUACACCGUGACUCACACGAUAUGUACCACCCUUCUUAGCGCCCGGAUUAGUCACCUAAACGCGUGAACGACUGUCAACACUGACACUUUUAUAGACUCGUGACAGUGCGGGAUUGUCAUCAAAAAGCGAACACGGUCUUUCUCGUAGUAAACUCGGCGACUUGAUGGUGUUCAAGAUGUCUAUAAGCGUGUUCUUAAUCGGGGUCAUUGUGCUCACUUGCAGUAUUAACACGGUGACAUCAGUAGACACCACUGGAUGCGGUGUCACAAAAGGGUGUUACAUGGACCCAGUCGGCUGUACUACGUCAUGCGACGCAUUGAUCACCUGGCAGCCAUCAGACACUGGCGACACGACAGAUUUCGGAAUUCUCGGCAAACUUAAGAAUGGAGAGGAUUACAUGGUAUUCGCACUCUCGCACGAUACGAGAAUGGGCGAUGAUGACGUAUGGGGAUGCCUCAUGCUCCAAGAUUCCAGCAUUGUCUUGGACCAUUCACUGAACAUAGGACAGCAAAACUCACAGGGGGAUACGACUGGGACAUCCGGGUUCUCGUCUUCAUACUCUAAUGGAGUAUUGGAAUGUAGCUUCACUCGGGACAACAGUAUGCCCGGAUCAGAAGAUAGAUUCUAUGAUUUAACAACAUCAAGUUAUUACCUAUUGAUUGGUUUUGGCCCAAGAAUCUCUAUAUCUGACAUACAUGUACUUGGUGAACAUAUCGACAUUCCAGUCGCAUCUAAGAGCAAAAUUGAUUUAACGCAGACGACAAUAGUCAGUGCUGGCACCCGGAAUCCCGGCAAGAAGAUUCACGGUCUAUUCAUGAUGCUUGGUUGGGUGAUUUGUGCCAGCAGUGCUCUCAUAUUGGCUCGAUACUACAAACCCAUGUGGCCAAAUACAAAGAUAUUUGGCAAACCAAUAUGGUUCCAGGUGCAUCGCGCCCUCAUGGUCAGUGCCACGAUUUGUACAUGCGCCGGAUUUAUCGCUAUAUUUAUCACUGUCGGAGGAUGGGUCACAUCUAUUUUGGAAAAUGUGCAUGCUGUCAUUGGUAUAAUCGUAACUGCGCUUGCGCUGAUCAAUCCAAUCAUGGCUCUAUUCAGACCUGGGCCUGGCACGCCUAACCGCGUAAUUUUUAAUUGGGCUCAUUGGUCGGUUGGUACAUCCGGGCAUAUUUUAGCCGUGGUUGACAUCGCCAUUGGUAUCGAUCUAUUAGGCAUGCCAGACUACUGCCUAUGGGUUUUCAUCGUUUGGAUCGUAUUCCAUUUUAGCGUGCAAAUAUGCCUAGAACUUGUCAACUGUGUUAAUCGGGAGUUCGACGGAUUUCUAUCUUACAAAAUGUACUCGAAGUUAUCUACCCCAAGACAAUCGGAUAAUCCAGACAGUAGCCAUCCCGACGGAAUGAAGAUUUCUGAACCUGGACUGAACCCAGACGAAAAACCACGGCCUCCGGCUUCCAGAGGAAGAACGUUCCUGUUUGUUCUGUACACCACCAUCACUGUCGCAAUUAUAAUGUUUUUAAUUAUACAAAUGUUUUUAUUGUAAACCAAUUUUAAUACACUAUGCCACGACGGUGUUUAAAACCACAGAAUUUGAGCAAUACGGUAAUUAAUACACUAAUAUAUAUUAUUUUAUCAAUGCCCUAAAUGUUUUUCUAUUUAGCCGACACAAAUGCAUGCAAGUGAUUACAUUAUUAUUCAAAUAAUUGUGUCAACUAACAUUUUUAUACUUUUUACUAUGUUGUCAAAUUAUUACUAAUUUCUUUCUUUAGACUCAUCACACCAAUUUCUCUCAAAUAUCUGGAUAUUUUUGUAUGCAUAUUUAACGAAUAUUUUUUUUAAAUGUAUGUAC